GUUACUAUGCGAGGAAAAUGAAGUUUACUGGUCGCUAAAAAUCCUUCAUGCUAGCUAGGUAUUGUAGUUUAUUUUCAAAUUUACUUGCUUUCUAUGUUUUGUCAUCAAUCAAGACAUUCGAUUCAGAAUCUAGCUAUAUUUCCCAGAAAUGCCUCCCCCAGAUACUAUGUACUGUGCCCAGCAAAUCAACAUCCCCCCUGAGCUACCUGACAUCCUCAAGCAGUUCACCAAAGCCGCAAUCCGAACGCAACCGCAGGAUAUCCUUCAGUGGUCGGCAGCAUAUUUCACUGCCCUGUCCAAAGGAGAGACACUGCCAGUGAAGCAGAGGUUGGAGAUGCCUUUGGCCACACAGAAGACUGACACCGGUCUGACUCCUGGUCUGCUGAAGGUUCUACACAAACAGCUGUCCUCUAAAGAGGUGAUCAGUAAGGAGGAUCUUCAGCAGAGAUGGGUGGGCCUGUGUCUUCCACUGGAACAGUUGGACACGCUGCUGUCCCUGGGAAACUUCAGUGCCAACAUUGACUGGAUGCAGUUCUUGGCACUGGGCUGCAGUGCUCUGGGUGGGACCAUCAUCAGCGCCCUGAAGUAUGCUUGUGAGAUCCUGACGGAGAAUGAGGAGGGUGGAGCAGCGAGGAUCCCAUUUGAGAUGUUUGUAGGGCUUUACACCUACCUGGCCCACCUAGAUGGAGAGAUCCCCCAGGAUCAGACUGACUGCUUUCUAAGCAGCCUAAAGGAGACUGUGGAACGCCAAGGAGGAAUGGUGCAGCCUGCUAACUUCAGGGAUGAGACUUUUCCUGAAAUGUGACUUUUCCACCUGUGUGAUUCUCCCUCAGGAUGGACAUCAGCUUAAUGUCUAGUGUUGAUUUAUAUUUGGUUCCCGUUUCCAACCGUAGUGAGCUCCAUGUGAAAACAAUACGAAAUAUAGUUAUGUAAAUCCAGCGAAUUCAGCGUCAUCAUCUGAAUAUAGUUAUGUAAAUCCAGUGAAUUCAGCGUCAUCAUCUGAAUAUAGUUAUGUAAAUCCAGCGAAUUCAGCGUCAUCAUCUGAAUAUAGUUAUGUAAAUCCAGUGAAUUCAGCGUCAUCAUCUGAAUAUAGUUAUGUAAAUCCAGCGAAUUCAGUGUCAUCAUCUGAAUUUGUUAGAAAUUAUGUGCGAUGUAGAUUCAAUAAAUGUUUGGGAUUUGACAUUCAGAGACCCACACAUAUCACACUUAUUGGUUAUUGAGUGUAAUCAUUUACUAUUGUCUGUGUAGCGAUUAUGAAAUGUGUAAUUCUCUGUGUGUGUCUGUAUCUCUGCUCACACCUAUGGGUCAAUUGCAGUGUUCAUUUGUACUUUGGUUCAGACAUUAUCAACCCAUUAAGGGUUAAAUAAAUGCUUUUGAAGGCUGUC